AUGGCAACCUGCGCACGCAUUCAGCAUACUCUGGGCCUCCAGCGCUCGAUCCUCUCCACCCUCAUGCCUCGCGUGUCAUCAAAACCUUCCUCCGUCCGAUUCUACACAUCCGCGUCCAAGCAAACCACCAGCAGCAAUAGUUCAGCAACAGCAACGUCAAAGUUCGUUCAGAACCCAGCUUUCAAGAGCACAUCCUCCCUGAACCAAUCCCAGCACAGCCCCCAAUUCAAGGCCCAAACCACCCAACUCCCCAACGUCGCUUCCCGCACCCCCGUCUUCAUCCUCGCCGGAAUCUUAGGACUCGCCUUCUGGGCCGGAUCGAUCGCCGUCGCUGCCAACCAUCAACGUCAAGGAACAUCCAUCGUCCGUGGAACACUGUUCAAUGUCAAAUUCGAUACUAAGGCCCAGGAACUCUUGGGUGACAAAAUCGAUUUCGUUAACCCGAGCUGGCCAUGGAUCUCGGGGACAGUCGCACAUUUGAAGGGAAGGGUCGAUAUCGAGUUCCAGGUCCGGGGAGAUAAAGCCGAGGGAAGGGUUCAUUUUGUGGCGGUCCGGCCUGCUAAACAGUGGAUUACUACGGAUUUCACGUUGACAAUGCCCGAUGGCACUUGCGUUGUUGUCGGCGAGAAUACUGUUCUUCCUGAGAUUACCAAUUAG